AUGCAGUUGAAAUGGUUUUCGAAAGAAUCGCAGAAAGAUCGUGUGGUUAAAACUGAGGUCGACGAAAUGCCGUCAAAUUACAAUAACAUCAAAAAGGAGGCCAACGCAGUUACCGAUGGAUUCACAAAUGCCCAGGAAGUUGUUCACAUUGAAAAGCAAAUAAAAAUGGAGGUUUCGGAUCAGCAGAAUGUCCUCAACCCGAUUGAAGGAGCUUCCACUGCAGCUUGUUUUACGUCUUCCGUGCCUUCCGGUUCAGAGCUAAAUGUUCACGAGGACGUCGUUCGCUUUUGGCAAGCGACCUUGACUUACACUAAACCACAAGACAGAGAUCAUACGGAAGACGAGCUACUUGAAGUUCUCAAAAGCUUCACUAAGUUCCUAAAACCCAACUGA